GGUCCCCUUGUGGGGGGUUCACCCGAACUCCUGGGUCCCUUUUUGGGGUUUUUCCGAGGGACCCCCCCAUUUCCCCCCCCCGCCGAAGGGAAAUGACUCGUCGUUGCCGCGGAGCUUCCUGGGGCCGCCCCCGCCCGCCAUGGAACCCGGAGCGGAGCGGGUCCCCGUGUCGCCCCCGGAGCGGCUGCGCUGUCUGGAGGACGAGCUGGCGCUGGUGAAGGCGGCGCUGGGGGACGCGCUGCGCAGGCUCGGCCGCUGCGAGCGGCUGCUGCAGCUGCUGCCCCACGCCCCUAAUGGCACCGUCCCGGACCCCCCCGGACCCCCCCAAAGCAUCAGCGUGGGGACCCAGACGGAGGAGCCGCCAGAAACCGGGGGGCACCGGGGGGGUCCCCAAGAACCGCCCCCCCCGGGGUCCCCCCCGUGCCCCCCAGCGCCCCCCCAGAGCUCCCCGGAGCCCCCCGGGACGGAUUCCCCCCCCCCGGCUGCCAGCCCGGCCCCCCCGGCACCCCGAAAAGAGCUGCUGCGCAGACACAGCUCGUCCGGCAGCUCCAGCCCCCGCCGCCCCCUGAGCCGCAAAGCGGCCUCAUCGGCCAACCUGCUGGGGGGGACCCCCGAGAGUCGCCCAAAGGAGCCAACGCUGAGCCCAGGGUCUCGCCGUGGGAACUACAACCUGGAGGGGGUGUCGGUGAAGAUGUUCCUGCGUGGCCGCCCCAUCACCAUGUACGUGCCGUCGGCGCUGGGCCCGGGGGGGCUGCGCGCGGACCUGCCCCCCGAGCGCCUGCAGCUCGAGUGGGUUUACGGUUACCGGGGCCGCGACAGCCGCUCCAACCUGCACGUGGUGUCGUCGGGGGAGCUGGUCUACCCCAUGGCGUGCGUGGUGGUGCUGCUGCAUGUGCCGCUCCGGCGCCAGCGCCACUACCUGCGCCACAGCGACUGCGUGCGAUGCCUGGCCGUGCACCCCGACCGGCUCCGUGUGGCGUCCGGGCAGGCGGCCGGCGUGGACAAGGAUGGGAAGGCUCUGCCGCCCGUGGUUCACAUCUGGGACUCGGCGACGCUGCAGACGCUGCAGCAGAUCGGGCUCGGCAGCUUCGAGCGCGGCGUGGGCUCCCUGGCCUUCUCCUGCGCCGACCAGGGCGCCCACCUGUGCGUGGUUGACGAGUCCAACGAGCACAUGAUGUCGGUUUGGGACUGUGCCCGGGGGGCCAAGCUGGCCGAGGUCAAGAGCACCAACGAGUCGGUGCUGUCGGUGGAGUUCAACCCCCGCGACAGCGGCAGCAUCAUCACCAGCGGCAAAUCCCACGUCUACUUCUGGACCUGGAGCGGCGCCUCGCUCACCAAGAAACAGGGGAUUUUUGGGAAGUACAAGAAGCCCAAGUUCAUCCAUUGCUUCGUGUUCAAUGGUGAUGGGGACGUGUUGACCGGGGACUCCGAGGGGAACAUCCUGACCUGGACACGGGGGGCGGCCGGGAAGGGAGGAAAAGAGUCGUUCCAGCUGACUCAGCAGACGCGGGCCCACGACGGCAGCGUGUUCGCCCUGAGCCGCCGGCGCGACGGGGCGGUGCUGAGCGGGGGCAGGGACCGGCGCCUGCGGCUCUGGAGCAACCAGCUCGGCGCCGUGGCCGAGGUCGAGCUCCCCGAGCGCUUCGGCGCCGUCCGCACCAUCGCCGAGGGGCCGGGGGACGAGCUGCUGGUGGGGACCACGCGCAACGCGCUGCUGCGGGGGACGCUGAGCGCCGGCUUCACCCCCAUCGUCCAGGGCCACACGGAUGAGGUUUGGGGCUUGGCCACCCACCCCAGCGCCCUCCUCUUCCUCACCUGCGGGCACGACCGGCAGCUCUGCCUGUGGGAUGGGACGGAGCACACGCUGGAAUGGAGCGUGGAUUUGGGGGUACGGGGGUUUUUUGGGGUCUACCUAUGGGAUGAGGGGGAGUAG